AUGGCCUUUCGCAGCUUAGUUCGUCACCAUCGUUCUAUAAAAAUGUCUCGAUCAGUAUUAUUAGUAAUUGUAUUGGCUAUUUGCUGUUGUUCAUUAUUAUGUAUGGCCGUUCCAAUUUCUGAUACGGAAUCAAAAACAACUGCAUCGUUUAGUGUUAAUAGUGGUAUUAGUACACCAUCUGAAGGUGAUCGUGAACAAAAAGAAAAUAAGAAUGAAAAUGAAUUAAAUAGAACAACAGCAAGUACAUUUCUAGCAUCAACGACAAUGAAAUCAAGUGACGAAGAACAACGUGAAGAACAAUCACCAGAUGGAAAGUUAGAAACAUCAACAGGUAGACGUGUUCAACGAUCUGAUGGUGACUCAAGACCGGCAUGGUUGUAG